GCCGAAUGUGAUUACAGAAUGAAUGUGUGCGGCUAGCCGGCUGAUAGCUUCGGCAAUGUUGUCACUAUCAGAAUGAUAUCACAGCGGGACAGAGGAGAACUCGCUCGGUUUUAUACAGUGACAGAUCCUACACGGCACCAGAAAGGCUACACUGUGUAUAAAGUCACAGCCAGGUUAAUCUCUCGGAAGAACCCAGAAGAUGUCCAAGAGAUAAUAGUAUGGAAGAGAUACAGUGAUUUCCGGAAGCUACAUCAGAACCUCUGGCAGCUGUACAAGAAUGUAUGUAGCCAUUCUGAGCUAUUUCCUCCCUUCGCCAAAGCCAAAGUAUUCGGUCGAUUCGUUGAGUCUGUGAUUGAGGAAAGAAGACAGUGCUCUGAGGAUCUCCUGCAGUUUUCUGCAAACAUUCCCGCUCUGUACUGUAGUCAACACAUUCAAGAUUUCUUCAAGGGUGGGGAGAUCCACGACGGCUCAGAUCUCAUUGGACCAGCUGAACCUUUUUCUGACUUCCUGGCUGACAGUUUAUCAGACUGUAGUUCUGAUGUACAAAGAGACAUCGGUGGUGCAGAGGAGUUGACUGUCACAUCUGAGUAUGGGGGCCCUUCUAGUGACAGCGACCUGACCUCCCUGGCAGUGGAUACAGACUCUCUGGCUGAGUUGGAUGAUGGCAUGGCCUCAGGUAGCACCUCCCCAAACCAGCCACAGGGGGAAGCCAACAACAUCAGUAGUAGCUGCAGUCCUCGUUUGCCCUCGCUGCGUGAACGCCGUACCCCGUCCCCUGCCCCCGUCCCCGCCUCGUCAGCCCCUAACCCAGAGGUCAGCUGGCCAAAUCGAACACCACUCUUCUCCCGCAGUCUAAGGAAAACCAGCGGCGUCAACGCUACGGACGUAAAGUCAGACUACCUCGACAAAGCCAGUGAACUGAUCGGUUUUGCUGUACAAAAGGAAACUGAGCAGGAUUACCAGGCAGCGUUUUUAUACUACCGCAGUGGAGUUGACUUGCUGCUUCAAGGAGUACAAGGUGAACCAAGUGCCUCACGACGAGAGGCGGUGAAGAAGAAAACUGCUGAGUAUCUGAUGCGUGCAGAGCAGAUUUCAGGUCUGCAUCUGAGAAGCAAUAUGGGUCAGGGAUCAACACAGACUGUGGCCUUUGGAGCUCAGUGCUGUUCUUCUUCAAGCAGAGGAGGGCAGCAGAGUCCAUCUGAUGAGCUGAUAGCUUACAGGGUGAUAGGUGUUAUUAACAAGGUUCUUCUGGUCAUUGACAAGAGGACACAGGAGACAUUCAUCCUCAAAGGACUGAGGAAAAGCAGUGACUGUGGGCAGGCUAAGAAGACUAUUAUGCCUCUCUCCGUGCCCCACAUGGUGCAGCUGAGAAAGUUCAUCAUCUCUGAAGACACUGUUUUCCUUCUGCUCCACUACGCUGAGGGUGGGAAGCUGUGGUCUCACAUCGGAAAGUACCUUCGUAAUUCCAGCCCAGAGGAGAGCUUUGACAUUCCUUUCAUCCAGAAGAGCCACACAACGGCUGUACAUUCUCCGCACCACAUAAUACCACAGCUGGAUGCAGGUUCUGCCAGCUGUGAUUCGGAGCCGUAUGCUGGUUCACAUCUUGCUUUAGGCCUUCAGAAAGAAGGGGAAAUCCCUUUCAUGUCUCCUGUUAAAAGUGCCGUCCCUUCAGGGCUCCGGGACCAAAUUGGAGCUCAGACUGACUCUGGUGCGACUUCUGAGGAGGAGUGCACAAACAGCUAUUUGACUCUUUGCAAUGAGUACGAACAAGAAAAAGUAGAACCAGAUGCACUAGAAGAGGAGGUCGAUGAGAGGAGCGAACAGGAAAUGCUGUCUUUGGAGGUGCCUAAUGCAACUGCAACAGCGUCUUCAUACAGCCGUUCGCUGCUCAGCAAUGACAGCCUUUCUUCCCCAGGAGGCUCUCAGGAGCUCGGCUUCUUCAGUGAGUUUUCUGAUAAGAGCGGCCAAACCCUUGAAACGGACCAGACCCGCAGUGAAGGACAUGAUCACAGGGAAGUUUUCAGUCCUUUACGAUCCCCCACAGAGCCUCUCUCUUUGGAUCAAUCCAAACACACACCAAUGGAAUUUUUCCGCAUUGACAGCAAAGACAGCACUAGCGAGGUCACUGGCCUCGAUUUGGGAGAGCACUGGCAUUCUCAGAAGCAGCCGCCUCAGUUUUCUACGUCUGACCUAGGUUCAGAGGUCACCGAGGAGCUACCAGAACUGGCUCGGGAAGUAAAAGGCCCAAGCUUGGAGUUGUGGGGGUUGGACAGUAGCGAUAAGGGGUCUAAUGAGUCAGUGCCUGUCAUCUCCUUUAAAGAGGCAGUAGUCGAAGAUGAGGGUCAUCCACCAGACUUGUUGGUCAAUCUUCCUGUAAUAAGUGGGACUGCAGACUUUACACAGGAGGAAUCAGAACCUUCAGGGGUGUGUUUGGGCCUUGAAGUUGCAGCCACUUCUCAAAAGUGCAUCCAGCCUGAUGUCUUGCAGCUACAUAGCCAGCAUGAGGACCUGGAGGAGCAGCACCUAGAACAAGAACUUUCAUCUUUCUCUACAGCCUCUGCAACUUGUGACAAUAGUCUUGCAUGUACUUCUCUAUGGGACGACAGCCUGGCAUUUGGACUUGAGGCAUGUGACAAAGUCUUUGACCAAGACGACAGUCAAAGCAGUGAUCACCACCUAGAAACAGGAGUUUUAAGUGAGAAACCUCAGCCUUGCAUGGCAGGAAACACAGACUCUGCUCCAGUCCUCGGUGACACCUCCACAACCUCUAUCUCAGCUAUGAACGGUACUCAGGCUUGCACAGUCGUUGAGAGUUUAUUAGAUCUUGAUGGUGAAUCAUCAGGAGUCAAUAAAGCCACAAGUGGCAGCGACUUUGAUAAAGAAGUGUCACGGCUGUUUGCAGAGUUAGACGAGCUGUCGUUGGCUGCCACCCAAGCUCAUAUCCCAGAGGAGUUUGUGCGAUGUUGGGCAGUAGAGAUUGUUACGGCCUUGGACUGUCUGCAUCAAGAGGGCAUCAUCUGCCGGGACUUGAAUCCCAAUAACAUCCUGCUUGACCAUCAAGGGCAUGUGCAGCUCACCUACUUUUGUAGUUGGUGUGAUGUGGAGGAAUCCUGUGACAAGGAGGCAAUGGCCAAUAUGUACUGUGCACCAGAGGUGGGAGGGAUCAGUGAGGAGACGCCGUCCUGUGAUUGGUGGAGUUUGGGCGCCAUCCUCUUUGAGCUCCUGACCGGCACGUCGCUGCUGAGCUGCCAUCCAGCAGGAAUUGGCCGUCACACAGCUCUCAACAUCCCAGAGUGUGUUUCAGAGGAGGCCAGAUCUCUGCUGGAGCAGUUACUCCAGUAUAACCCAAUGGAGAGACUGGGAGCCGGCGUGGGAGGAGUUGAUGACAUUAAGUCCCACCCCUUCUUUGCCACUGUGGACUGGGCCAAAUAGAUGCACAGCCAGACAUUCAAAUUCCCACAUGCUACGGUGGAUAGUUGGGUUUUUUUACACUAUCUUGUUAAAAUGUCAGUUUUUUAUGUGUACAAAUGAAACCAUGAUGAAUAGUUUCAAAGUCUUUCCACCUUUAAUGUAACAAGUACGCUACACAAUUCAACUACAAAACAAAUGUGCUCGAGGGGAAACAUGUAAAAGAAGAAAAAGUUGAACAAAUGUGGAUACCCUUAAAUUAAUAAUAUGUUAAAACUUGGUUUAAUUCAGUAUUAUUUUUUUUAGUUUGAGACUGCUACAUCUUAACUUAAUAUUUGCCUCCUUUACUUUCCAAAAAUUAUCCAAAUGUUGUCAGAAUCUGACGACAUUUUUCAUCUACAGUAGAUCUACCAGAAACCUUUCGGUCAGAUGAAGUUCUGAAAUCUUUGAUUUCAGAAUCUUAAUUCUCUUCUGUUAAUACCAAUAUUUUGUUGUCAUUGCAAGAAAAAAAAUAGAUCAUGCAGGAAAACAAAACCUUGCUUUGUCUUCUGCUUCUCCAUGCGUUUUGAACCAAACAUAAAUAUAUUUAAGUUCUAUUUAACUUAUUCUUCUCCUCCUACAAAGUUUAAGAAGAUUUUAGCCAGACCUUGAGAUUUUCUUUCCAAGAAUUGUCUUCUUUUUUAACCACUUUACUGCUCUGUCCAGACAUAUGGAGAGGUGAUUGUUGUCAAGGGACAAUUAGUACGAACAAGAUUAAGGUUUUAGUCUUAGGUUCCCAUCUUAUUUAAAUGACUGAUAUAACUAUGACAUGUAUAUAGAUAAUGCUGAUGGGUCUUUUUUCCGCUUUUCCUGACUGAUACCUUCGUAAACUGAACUUUUUCUAAAAUAUGCAAAAGGGAUAGUGACAAGAAUGACAAGAAAAGCCUUUUAAAACAGGAAAUAAAGCUGAAUUUAAUUUCAGAUUCACUAUAACCGAUGGCAGACAUGUUUCAACAAUGUAUUAGUUUUAUGAUUAACAUAAAGUUGUUGCAGCUUUUUAGAUUUUUUUUUUUUUUUUACAGGUUUCCCUUAAAUUAAUUUUUCAAUUGAAUAAUAUUGGGUCUCUGUCAGAUUAACGGUGGAAAGACAACUGAAAAUCUUUUUUUUUUUUUUUUUGCCAUCAGAAAGAACACCCAUAUUUUAUUGGGACUGUGUAGACUUUUUACAUCCACUGUAGAGUGAAAUCAGAUUAUGCAUUUCCUCACAAACCUUUAAUCACGUUCGAAAUAUCACAUCACGAGUGUUACGUUUUUUUCCCUCUUCACCUCAUUGAUUGUGAGUCGUUUUGUGCAGGAAACGGCACAACGGUACCAGGUAAUAAUUCACUACAAUGUUGUUGCUUUUCCACUCCUCACUCAGUCCCACAAUAUCUUCACUGCAUUAACUCUGUGUCAGGAAGACAUCGUUAUUGACAGAGGCUGACAUCAUCAUCCCAUUUAUUGUUUCUCGUUACUCAAGGAGCUCACAGACUGACUGACGUAAAACUGUGCAGCUAUGAUUUAAAAACCGAAGUCUAAAAACCAGCCUAAGAACAGCAGCAUUAACGGACUCUAUGCAAAGGUGCAUAAGCAAAAUACUCAGAGAAAGUCGAUGUUUGUUGUUGAAUUUAGUCAUAGUCGAAUUAUUUAAUAGAUCAGUGCAGAGAAAAGUCUCAGGAGUAGAGUCAUCUCUGCAGAAAUCUGAGAAAGCCUCAAGCGUGUAUUUGUAAACGGCCCUUUUACAGUUCGAAGAUAUUUUUAUGACUGUCGGAGAAAAAUCUCUGCCCUUUGCUCUUUACCCUGCAUUUUGUGCAUGUUGAAUUCGAAUUAUUGUAAUAUAUUUAAAGCAAUGAAAAGUCUGUGGAAUAAUAAAUGGCUUUCGUCUUGUAAAAUUAUCUUUUUAAGAAUGCUGUGUUGGGUAAAAUGUAAACAUGGACAAAUCUCAAUCAUGUUCAACUUUGUCAAUCACCUGCCAGUCAAAAUCUUAAUGCGAGACACUGGAGUAACACAUUUACCAAUUUGCCACUAAGGUUUAAAUAAGAUUGUGAUUUCUACUGUGGCUGGUUUACAUUUUUUCUAGUUGCAGACCUUACCAUGCAUCACUUCUCUCAUUAUGAGUUGAUUCUCAAAAUAGUGGAAUCAGAAACAUGUCUCCAGUGUAAAUAUGACUCUCCUGCUCUUCACUAAACAUGGUGAAAUACAUUGUAAGUUGCUAGCUUUAAUAACAGUUUUUUUUUAUUAUUAUUAAAAACAUUGUUGCUACUGAUUUUUUAAUUAUUAUUAUGCUCCCUUUUGUCCGUGCUCUGUUGUGUCAGUGCAUUUUGGAGAACAAUAAACCAGACCUGGAUGACUAAAGUGAA